AGAGCUUUCUCCCCGCCCACGCGGUGCUCUACAUUCUGCACGCGUCUCAGGCGCUCUACGGACGCAUCUCCAGCCUCUGAGUCCCCAGCUUCUUGCCUCCGCUCUGUUACCAAAAUGUCGCUUUCUAACAAGCUGACUCUGGACAAGCUGGAAGUGAAGGGGAAGCGAGUCGUGAUGAGAGUGGAUUUCAAUGUUCCUAUGAAGAAUAACCAGAUAACCAACAACCAAAGAAUCAAGGCUGCUGUCCCAAGCAUCAAAUUUUGCUUGGACAAUGGAGCCAAAUCAGUUGUCCUUAUGAGCCACCUGGGCCGGCCAGAUGGUGUCCCAAUGCCUGACAAGUACUCCUUACAGCCAGUUGCUGUAGAACUCAAAUCUCUGCUGGGCAAGGAUGUUCUAUUCUUGAAGGACUGUGUGGGCCCAGAAGUAGAGAAAGCCUGUGCUGACCCAGCAGUUGGGUCUGUCAUCCUGCUGGAGAACCUCCGCUUUCAUGUGGAGGAGGAAGGGAAGGGAAAAGAUGCUUCUGGGAACAAGGUUAAAGCUGAGCCAGCCAAAAUAGAUGCUUUCCGAACCUCACUUUCCAAGCUAGGGGAUGUCUAUGUCAAUGAUGCUUUUGGCACUGCACACCGAGCUCACAGCUCUAUGGUGGGAGUCAAUCUGCCACAGAAGGCCGGUGGAUUUUUGAUGAAGAAGGAGCUGAACUAUUUUGCUAAGGCCUUGGAGAACCCAGAGCGACCCUUCCUGGCCAUCUUGGGCGGAGCUAAAGUUGCAGAUAAGAUCCAGUUGAUCAACAAUAUGCUGGACAAAGUCAAUGAGAUGAUUAUUGGUGGUGGAAUGGCUUUUACCUUCCUUAAAGUGCUCAACAACAUGGAGAUUGGCACUUCUCUGUUUGAUGAAGAGGGAUCCAAGAUUGUUAAAGACCUGAUGGCCAAAGCUGAGAAGAAUGGUGUGAAGAUUACUUUGCCUGUUGACUUUGUCACUGCUGACAAGUUUGAUGAGAAUGCCAAGACUGGCCAAGCCACUGUGGCCUCUGGCAUACCUGCUGGAUGGAUGGGCUUGGACUGUGGUCCUGAGAGCAGCAAGAAGUAUGCUGAGGCUGUCGGCCGUGCCAAGCAGAUUGUGUGGAAUGGGCCUGUGGGGGUGUUUGAAUGGGAAGCUUUUGCCAAGGGAACCAAAGCCCUCAUGGAUGAGGUGGUGAAGGCCACUUCCAGAGGCUGCAUCACCAUCAUAGGGGGUGGAGACACUGCUACUUGCUGUGCCAAAUGGAACACAGAGGAUAAAGUCAGCCAUGUGAGCACUGGAGGUGGUGCCAGUUUAGAGCUCCUAGAAGGUAAAGUCCUUCCUGGAGUGGAUGCUCUCAGCAGUGUUUAGUGCUUUCCUGCUUUGUGGUUCCUGUGCACAGCCCCUAAGACAAAAUAGUAUUUUCUGCAUCUCCACUUGGCAUUAGCUAAAAAUUUCCUCCACAUUGAGAUUCAGCUAAUGGCCAAGGGAUGCAGCAUCAGUAACCCUUAAAGAGUUACACCACGUCUCAGCUAAUGUUUACUGCACCCUGGACUUGACUACAUUCUUCAAGUUGCCAUUUAAGUUUCUUAGUGACUAAAUCAUUGUGCAUUCUAGAAUGCAUCUAUAGUUGCCUGUUAAAAAAAAGUGAGCUGUGUUUCAAGUAGCUUAUUCUAAUUGGCCUUGUCACUGUUCAUUAUUCAGCAUGGACAUAAAAUGAAACUCCAGUUGUAGGGAGGGAGAAGUUGAUGAUCUAUUCAAUAAAAAAUAAAAGUGUUUACCCAAACUGGACUUUUUCCUGUCAUACUUUGUUAGGAAGUGUGAGAACAGAGUCUUUGUUAAGAAGGGAUCAAAUAUCUGCAUUUCUGAACAUAAGAAAUGGAUUGGCAGUGGUGGGGAGGUUUGAUUAGGUGAAUAUCUAUUUAUU